CCAUAAACAUAAUAUUUUAAAUUACUGUCCAUUUUGGUAAUAAGAGUGCAAAAUUGCACCAUUAUGCUAAAUGACCCAUUUUCCCCUUUCACCCUUUCAGUAAUAACUAAUUAUCUGUUGAGUGUUUCCUUGGCACAAAAAAAACUGCGCCGUGGACAAAAUGUAAAUUCAUGGAACUUCAAUCAUCAAGUUUUAUUGAGUGGUAUUCAUCGAGCGCCCUCACAUAUGAAAGAAAGAAAGAAAUGUCAAGUUGGUUAAUCAUUUCAAAAGCCGUGACCUUAAAAUUGAAUCCUCGACCUACCUGGAGGCUAGUCAGACAUGAACAGGCCCCUGAGAAAUGCUACUAACGGCUAGUAUUUGGUAACCUAAUCGAGUAGCAGAAGAAAGGAAACGAACGGUGCUUCUAGGCACUGCAAACGCAAUGCUGCAGACCUACGCAAAACUGAUCCUCUCCCCCACCAAAACACUUCUCCUCAAUUUCUAUUCAUUCCCUAAAACCCUAACCACAGCGGCCUCAGCCCGGGACGAGUACUUCGCGGUGAUUCACCACGUCUCCAACAUCGUGCGCCGCGACUUCUACCUGGAACGCACCCUCAACAAGCUCCGCAUCCACGUCACCCCGGAGCUAGUCUUCCGUGUUCUCCGCGCGUGCUCCACCGCCCCCACGCCCUCCCUCCGUUUCUUCAACUGGGCCCGAUCACACCCCACCUACACCCCCACCUCCCUCGAGUUCGAACAAAUCGUCACCACCCUCGCCCACGCCAACAACUACCAAACCAUGUGGUCCCUCAUCCGUCAAGUCACCCUCCACCACCGUCUCUCCCUCUCCCCUGCCGCCGUCGCCACCCUCAUCGACGCCUACGGCCACCACCGCCACAUCGACCAGGCCGUCGAGGUCUUCAACAAGGCCGCCAUCCUCAACUGCCCCCAAACCCUCCCGCUCUACAACGCCCUCCUCAAAUCCCUCUGCCACAACCGCCUCUUCCACGGCGCCUACGCCCUCCUCCGCCGCAUGCUCCGCAAGGGCGUCCACCCCGACAAGACCACCUACGCUGUCCUCGUCAACGCCUGGUGCUCCUCCGGCAAACUCCGCGAGGCCAAGCUCUUCCUCAGGGAAAUGAGCGAAAAGGGCUUCAACCCUCCCUUUCGCGGCCGCGACCUUCUCGUCGAAGGCCUGCUCAACGCCGGUUACGUUGAAUCCGCCAAGGGAAUGGUCAGGAAGAUGAUCAAGGAAGGGAUCGUUCCCGACGUUGGAACUUUCAAUGCCGUGGUGGAGACAGUGUGCAAAGAAGACGUUCAGUUUUGCGUUGAUCUUUAUCACGAGGUUUGUGCUUUAGGGAUGGUUCCUGAUGUCAACACUUACAAGAUUCUCAUUCCCGCUGUUUCUAAAAGUGGCUUCAUUGAUGAGGCAUUUAGGUUGCUCAACAAUUUCGUUGAGGAUGGUAACCGUCCCUUUCCUAGCUUGUAUGCGCCUGUUAUUAAGGCUCUGUGUAGGAGAGGGCAAUUUGAUGAUGCUUUUUGUUUCUUUGGGGAUAUGAAGGCCAAGGCACAUCCCCCUAACCGCCCUCUUUAUACCAUGUUGAUUACCAUGUGCGGCCGUGCCGGGAAGUUUGUGGAGGCAGCUAACUACCUCUUUGAAAUGACUGAGAUGGGGUUGGUCCCCAUCUCUCGAUGUUUUGACAUGGUUACUGAUGGGUUGAAGAAUUCUGGCAAACAUGAUUUGGCUAGUAGAGUGCAACAGCUUGAAGUUUCUAGCCGUGGUGUUUGAUGCAUCAUGUCUUUGCCUCUACCAUUAUUGCCCAUGCCCUGCCUCCUCUCUCAAGCUCAAAACUUCUCUACACAUUGGAAUAUAGAUGCCUGGAGGGAGCCUGAAGUACACAAUUCCAAAAUUCAUAGAUGGCUGUUUUAUCCUGGGAGUACUCUGAUGGAAAAUCUUGCCUGGAUUGCCAGUUUUGCAUGUCUUCGGAAACCACAGCUUGUGCUAGGUAUACCUAUGCGUGUCAAUUAAAAUCAACGUGGUUGAUAGAUGAUUUUCUUCCUUGAACAUGUGUUGAAUGGUUUGAUCUCUUAUCUGUUCGUAUGAAAACCCUUCUAUUGGAAGAUGUCAGCCCCUUAAAUGGAUCUCAUACCUUGAGAGAUUAAUCUUUGACUCCAUCUAGGAAUAACCUGUUCCACCAAAAUUUAAAAUGUCUGUCAAUAGAAAAUAUAUUUUUGUUA